AUGCACCAGUGGAGCCUCUCUGAGCUCCAGGGGGUCUCCUCCACCAAGCAGGAGGUCUCCUCCACCCAGCAGGAGGUCUCGACCCCACGGACUGCCCAGGACGGAGCCUCUGUCCGGGCCACCAGCUCCAGGAGGGGGUCAGGCCGCCGCUGCCUCUGCCCGCCGACGGCAGCCCCUCUCUGGGCAUGGCUGCUGCUGGGGGCCCUGCUGGUCCCUGGAGCCUGGAGCUUUCUGAGCGAGGAGCAGGAGGAGCUGCUGGUGGAGCUUCAUAACCACUACAGAGGACAGGUUUCCCCCAGCGCCUCGGCCAUGCUGCCUCUGAAAUGGGAUCCGAGUCUGAAGGUGAUAGCAGAAGGUUACGCUGCUAAAUGUGUCUGGAACCACAACCCAGACCUGGAGGAAACCGGAGAGAAUCUGUUCGCUGGCACCGGGUCUCUGGACCUAAGGGAGGCGCUGGAGAAAUGGUUUCUGGAACGUCUGGACUACAACUAUCAGAACAACAGCUGUGAUGAAGACAAGAUGUGUGGACACUACACACAGAUGGUGUGGGGAGACACACACAGAGUCGGCUGUGCCUUCCACCUCUGUAAUAAUAUGGAGGGACUGGACUGGGAGAGAGUCUCCUUCCUGGUCUGCAACUACUAUCCAGCAGGAAACUAUGAAGACGAGCGGCCGUAUGUAGAAGGCGACUGGUGCUCCAGAUGUCCCGAGAACCUCCAGACAUGUGAAAACAACCUCUGUGUUGCCGACGACGAAGAGGACGGAGACAAAGAGGUUGACGACGAAGACGAGGAUAUGACAGUUAUUCCUCCCCUCGCUACAUCAGACCCCUCCCUCACACCUGAAGGGGAGGGGGCGGAGGAAGAAGAGGGGGAGGAGGAGGGGGAGGGGGGUGUUCCUCCUCCACCUCCAACAUCAACUGGUUCUUUCAUCCCCCCCACCAGUACACCCAGUACCACCACCACCACCGCCUCCUCACAGGACUCUGAGGAUGCCCAACAACCAGCUACCCCUCCCCCGGGCACCCACCAUCCCAAACUCCUCCCAACACAACAGGGACAGGAGGAGGAGAUCACCGAUGAGAGGAAGGAAAAGGAGCGGGAGAUGGCAGCAGAGAGGGAGAGAGAGGUAGUAAGAAAAGCAAACAGGAACAUGUCAGCUGCAGCUUCUGGUGGUUCAGUAGCUUCAUCUUCUCUGCUGUUAGCCUGUCUGACAGGGAUGCUCACUGUGAGGCUGUGA